AUGAAAACUCCAAAACUCGAUUUGGCCACCGAACGACACAUAUGGCCUUCAAAAACCCAGUUUCGCAUGUCGGUGAUGAGCUUCGCGAUCGGGUUGGGCAAUUUCUGGCGCCUACCACCGUUGGUGAUGAGGAAUGGGGGAGGUGCCUUCCUGAUCCCCUACACAAUAAUGGUGGUGAUCCUCUGCUUCCCGCUUUUCUACAUCGAGCUGGCGGUCGGCCAACUCUUCCGAAAAGGCUCGAUCGGCGUAUGGAAGAGCAUACAUCCUGCAUUGGCUGGCGUUGGAGUAGCUGCAACGUCGGUCUGCUACCUGGUGGCCAUCUACUACAACGGGAUUGUUGCCUAUGUUUUGUACUAUCUGUAUCAGGCUCUGUCGCCAAAGCUGCCAUGGGUGGACUGCCCUAUCGAGCCAGCGCACUAUCGAAAUGAAUGCCUGAAAGCCGACUCGGUGCCGGCUUUCUUCUUCAACAGGAUUGCGCUGGAUACGAGCAACUCAAUCUCCGAGUUCCGUAAUUUCCGCCCAAACAUCUUCGGCUGCCUGGUCAUCUCCUGGGCGAUCGUCUAUGCCAGCGUGAGGCGUGGCGUGAAAACGAGCGGUUAUGUAAUGUAUUUCACGUGUAUAUUCCCAUACAUUACGCUAGUCGUCUUCUUGGUGCACGCCAUGACGCUUGACGGCGCUUGGGAAGGGCUCGUCAUUUUAUUCAAACCCGAUCUCUCCAAAGUUUUCGACGCCAAUGUCUGGCUUCUCGCCGCGACGCAGGGCUUCUUCAAUUUUGGGAUCGCCUUUGGAGGCCUGAUCGCCUACGGGUCGUACAACAAGGGCGGGCACAACGUCCGUGGCGACUGCAUCAAGCUGACCGCCGCCAACCUGGCCACCUCGUUGCUGACGAUCGUCUGGGUGUUCCUCAUCGAGGGCCACCAUGCCCACCAUAAAUUCUACGAGUGCAAUAAUGAGAUAUUCCAAGACCAAGGUGUCGCCAAUGUUGCUGCGGAACUCAAGGAGCUUAAAAGGGUCGUGGAGGUUGAAUCGAUUGCAGUAACGAUUCGACAGCACAACGACCUCCGAUGCAGCUUCCAAGAUUUUCUAUGGAAUACGACCCAGGGCACAGGGCUGGCCUUCGUCGUCUUCACCGAGGCCAUCACCAUGUUCCCCAUGAGAAGCGUUGCCUCCGUUGUUUUCUAUUUGAUGCUGCUGACGCUGGGAUUAGAAACCCAUGCUGACCUUUCUGCUUUGCUCAUGCGCGUGCUGCGUGGGGUUGUUGGCGUUCAGCUUUGGGAAUGGGCAGUACGUCAUCACCCUGCUUGCACGUUCUGCAGCAGCUACGCGCUGUUGAUCAUCGCAUUCUGCGAGGUUGUUGCAAUUGCGUAUGUGUAUGGAGCAGAGCGGUUUUCUAAAAGUCUGCACGAGGCCACUGGCUCGCGGCCGGGCCCAUUUUUGACCAUCUGCUGGAAGUACAUCGAUCCGCCCUUGAUGCUCAUAAUUUUCUUGGCUUCCGCCGGGAAAAGCCUGCUACACUCGCCGAAGUACAUGGCUUAUAAAAGCCACGUGACCAAGCAAGUCCCAGAAGAGUUCCCAUGGUGGGGGCUGAUCCUGGCCAUGGCCAUCGUGCUGGUCACCACGCUUCCGAUUCCAUUAGCCGCCCUCCAUACGCAUGUCAGGACGGUGGUGAAGAGCCUGGAGGAUAACUUAAAUGGCACGGAUAAGUAUGCGACAGAUCAGGUAGUAGAU